AUGCUGAAGUGGGUUAGCAUAGCGACGCGUCGAAGCGCGUGGCUAUCCACAGCAAUAACAGCGAAGAGCAUCAAAAAGUCAACAUCAGCGACAACAACAACAAGAACAGCAACAACGACAGCAGUAGCGCGUACGCUGACCUCCAAAUCAACAUCAAUCAAUUUUGCCAUGUGGCUGCUAACAACCCUCUGCAUAAUAGCCGCAUUUGUGCAAGCGACAAAUGGAUUUCAGCCAAUUGAAGUGAAUAACAGCGAGGGACGCAAAUUGUUUGGCGGCUAUCGGAUAACACCGAAACAUUGUCGCGCCACCAAAACUCUAGCCAUUAGUGACCCCCGCAAAAAUGGUCCAACAAUUUGCAUGUUCAAUCACGAAUGCGCGCAACGCAAUGGCGAGGUGGUGGGUGCAUGCAUGGACGGCUUCCUCUUUGGCGCAUGCUGUCAAAUACCCAGCGAGCAGGAUCUCGAGAGUACGCUGCUGAACGAUGCGCAGAACUCUUACUACCAACAGCAUCAGCAGCAAAAACUGCAGAAUGAGUAUGGCGGCUCUCAACAAGCGGUGGCACAAUCCUAUGAAACAUACGGCGAGAGUCAACAACAGCACUCACAAGAGACCAAAUACAGUCCGCCAACGAUCAAACCAAAACCAAAACCGAAACCGCAACGCACGCAAAAGCCACAGCAACAACAACAGCAACAUAAAUAUAAACCACAAUUGCCAAGACCCAUCUAUGGUGAAGUGGAGAAUGUGGCGGCUGUAGAAGUAAAGCAACCACAGAAUAGUUACACACAAACAAAUAUCGAUAAGGUUUAUCAGCAGUUAGAGAGUAGCAGCGGUAGCUCCAGUGUAAGCACUUACGAAGGACAACACUCUGAACAAGACGAAGCGCCAAGUAAUAAAUAUCAACAAUCGCUAGAGUCAGCACCGAACGCAAGCACUAUGUACAUAAUGGAAUCACUGGAGAGCGCACAACAUGAAACUCGACCGCUGGUGGGCCCUACCGCUUCCUACGGCGAAACACUGCAUUCCGUACAAACCGAAAGCCAGCAAGUUGAAAGUCAACACCAAGAUGAACAACAAACUCAACAACAACAUAAUGCAGACCUUUCGAGCGAGGGUUCACUGCAGUCCGAGCCGGUAAAAGUUGUUAGUGCUAGUACCGAUGUAAGCACAUAUUCCUCUAGCGUUGAGUUAGAGAAUGAAGCGGAACUCCAAACAGAUCAAGUUGCUUCAAAUACCAAUAUCGUACUCACGUCUCAACCACGCCCUGCACAGGUAGCCUUUACCACAUCGCCACCACCGCUAAAUGAUGAUUUCGUCUUGGAUCUGUUAAGCACAACAAUACCACCACCAAUGGAAGAUGACUCGGUCUCCCAUACCACUACUGGUCUACCAAUGCGCAUUGUGAAUGGCCUCACAGAGCCAAGCAGCUCAUCAUCAGAGUCGAAUUCCUUCGAAGAAUUACCGGCUACACAAAAUCCUGCGCAUGCCACUGAUUGGGAAAAGAAUACCACCGAAGAAGGAGAUUCAAAAGCACCCGAAUCACAAGAGCAAAAGACUUCCAGACCGCAACCCAAACCACGGCCACAAAGCCAAAGGCCACGACCGCAGGUCGUUCAGAUGUCUAGACCGCAACCGCAAGUGCAGCCACAUAGACCACUACCAGUACAGCAGCAACAACAGCAGCAACAACAAAAACAUAAACCUCAACAACAGCAGCAUCAUGGACACAACCACAAUCAUCUCAUACUUGAUGGUGGAGAGUUCACACACAGCGACAUCACACAUCCCGGUGCUGAUGCUGACUUGAUUGAGGACGAUCUACAAUUCUCAACUGGCUAUGGUCCGCAACCGGUAUACAUGAAAGCACCUGUCAGAGCGCCAUCACCCAUCAGCUAUAACCCACCCUCAACCACGACAACAGCGCCAGAAGACAAAUAUGCGUUAAUUCAAAGCGUCAACGAAGAUCAAGCCAGCAAAAAGCCACCCGCAUAUGGGGAGCCCACAACUGGCACAUCGAUCACCACACAUGUCGACUCAAUUGAAUCUAUAAUAUUGCAAUUGAAUAGCACAGCAAACCGUGGUCCCACUUACAGCAUAGUGAAUCAAACACCUCAACAAACACCUUCAUACGACGCGGAUGCAUUUACUGCUAGUAAAUAUGAACCCAAUGACAGUGAGCCAUAUGGCACCACAACCGCAAGUAUGCCACUUUCAAUGGGCGGUUCAACGACUCAUUACUACGACGAGUUGGAGACAAAACGUCCAGAUGACUACUACACAGAUAAUGAACAAUCGAGCGCACAAAACUACUCACCGGUUACGGCACAAGCGCCCGCUUAUUUGGAAUUUGUAAGCACCAACGCAAAUGCAGCGCAAAAGCAACCCACGCAUUCCUAUGUGUCAAAACCCGCCGCCGCCGCCAGCAACGGUCAAAGCUCAACGACUGCUGUCAACUAUGCAGAUGAAACUGCGGCUGUGCUGGACGAGCACACGAUGCCCGCAAAUAAUUACAAUGAUGCGCUGCAAGCAUCCGCACAUCAAACGCAUGAAUUCAACAAAAUGCCUGCCAUGGGUAUUGCAUAUCCAGUUGAUAUGUCACACAUGGAGGACGAGGGUAGUACUGCACCCGAUGUGGCCAACAAUUAUGGCAGUAGCCAUCUGCAACACGUAUCCACCACGGGCUCUAUUGAUAAAAUAGCAGAAGAAGAAAUCGAGGAUUCUAGUUAUGGACAAGUGCCCAUUAUUACUGGCAAGCCGCAACGUCCAGUUGGCCCAUAUGUUGGUGUGGUGAAUGCUCAAAACUACAAUGGACAAAAAUUGCCUGCAUCUACUAAUUACAAUGAUGUGCCGCAAGAAGUGUCGGUCUCUUCGCACACGACUAGAGUACAAGAUGCUCAAACAUCGUCACCUGCAUACCAUACACCAAAACCAGACACCUUAACAACAAUACAGUACUUCGAUGGAACCACGCUGGCCCAACGUCCGUCAAUUAGCAAAGCAACAACCAGCGCAUAUCUAACUCCAACCACUACACCAGCUCCGCCGCGACCUCAAUACGGUGCCUCCUCUACUGUCACGUCUACAGCACGUCCUAUAUCAGGUAUCAUUACAUCAAGCGGUACAAGACCGCGCCCGAGACCACGUCCAAAACCAAACACAGCACGCCCUACUACCAACAAAAAGACGAAACCAAGCACAGCCAAGAAGCCAACCACAGUGAGGCCAGCCACUAGUCAAUACAGUCAGACACCGCCACAACCAGCCAACAAUUAUGGCGCAACGCAGUCUCAAAUAAAGAAGCCAGCGAAUGUCUACCAAGAGCCCGAUUACAGCAACAAUAGGCCAGCGCAACAACCUUCGAAUACAUAUAACGACAAUGGUAAUGCAGAAAGUAGUUACGUCAAGAAACCGGCGCCAGUGUCGAACACUCAACCGCAACCUGCCAAAAAGCCAUCCAAGCAACCGACCAAGCAGACUAGCAAGCAACCUGUUAAGCAGCCCGCCAGCACUUACCAGCACAACAAACCCACGUAUGUUAAACGACCGACUGCACAAAAGCAGCCCAGCGGCAGCUACAAUGCGGAAGCGGCUACGAAUACUUUCAAUGCAGAGCCUGUAUAUCAAAGACCAGAACAACAACCCACAUAUAAUGCAGAACCUGUGACCAGACAUCCCAUCAGUCAUCUGACAAACUCAUACAACGACGACGAAGUGCAAACGAAUAUCUACAUUUCCACUUCGGCGACUCGGAAGCCCAUCAGCCAUGUAACAGAACCGGUGCAACCUGCAGCUGCAAGUGAGCAAGUUACCAAAUUAUCAGCCGCGUCUUACGGUCAAGAUACUAAACACACUUCCGAAGAUUACGGCCAAGACUAUGAUAAGCCUGAUGCUGUCUACGAUCAACACAUCAAAGCACCUCAGCCCACUUUCGAGUCGGAUGCGUACUAUCCUGCGCCACAACCGUCUUUGAACUACGACCCCGAACAACAAAGUGCAGCGACAAAACGGCCAACAAUUAUACGCAAACCAAGCGGUGAAAAUGCAGUAUCCAAUACAUAUAAUGCGGCACCCACUACGUCUCGUCCUUCAACCACGCUUACAUAUCACGACUCUGAAGUGCCGCCACUCGUUGUUGCCGAUGACAAAUUGGACUCGUUUAUACAGAGCACAGCGCAAACAGAAAAUGCGCAGUCUAAUUAUCACUCGCAAAUUUAUGCGGGUGAGGUUAAGCCCCAAUAUGCAGAGCGUCCACAACACACGUAUGUACACAAAAAACCCGGCUUCGUCAAAGUAACAUCGAAGCCCAUAACCACCACUAACGGAAUUAUUACACCGAAGCCAACACUGUUUGCGCUAGUCACAAACAGCGACUGGCCGCAGAGGCCAAGCAGUUUGAGCGCAAUCUACGGUGGUAGUGACAAUGCAUACCCGCCAACAACGCCAUUGCCCGCCUUUAGCAGCACGUCGUACAUUUAUAGUCCGUUGGUAACGCGGCGUCCUGAAUUGGCCAUGAACACGCCGCAAUAUGUCGGUCUGACCGGAGUCACAACCAAUGAUUUCGACGAUCCAGGCUACUAUGGCGCGCAGAAUAUUGCACAAAAUGUAGGAACACUUGGCGUACAUCCUGCCUUCACACAAUCGGUUGCUGAGACAGAGUACGGUGUACCCUCCGAUGAUCGUCCGGCUUUCCCGGGCUACUAUGGUCCCACACCAACUUACCCGCCAUUCCCAAUACCAGGUGAAAAGUUCGGCGCGCCAGUGGAAGAGGAGACCUACACGUCGCCCAACGACUUUGUGAACUUCCCACCUGUACGCAAUCCUAAUUUGAAUAUGUCGGCAACUUCCAGUGCCGUCACCACCGAUCUGGAACUUUCCACGCCCGCCUUCGUCGAGGAUGGCGUACUGAAAGACAAAAUGAACACCUUAGUGAAUAAGAUUGUCGAAUCACUGCAGGGCAACUUUGAUGCAUUAGCCGAUAUGAUUGACGAUGUUAAUAAUACGGCACCAGCAGCUCCAGUAUCCACUUAUCAAGCCGCUGGCGCGGCCACAACACGUAAGCCGACAAGGAAACCGACGCGUACCGCUACAGCUAAACCAACCACAAAACGGCCUGCCGUCACACGCGUCACUACCAAGCAGCCUACGCGUAGGCCAGCUGCGUCUACACAACGACCAGUUACGCGUCGCACCACAACCACACGUAGACCAACAACACGCAAGCCGGCACGUCGCACAACAACAACGACAACUACGCAAGCACCAGCUGAAGAUGAGCUGGUCGAUGAGGAGGACGAAGAGGAUGUUAAUCCGGCUGAUAAUGAGAUCGGUGGCAGUCAAGAUGAGGCUUUACCCGGUGUUGGUGGACGCAAAUUUAAAUGCGGCGUACGGCCACACAUCAAAUCUGGCAGAAUUGUAGGAGGCAAAGGUUCCACAUUCGGCGCUUACCCUUGGCAAGUGCUCGUACGGGAAUCCACUUGGCUGGGACUAUUCACAAAGAACAAAUGUGGUGGUGUCUUGAUAACCAAUCGUUAUGUCAUCACAGCGGCGCAUUGUCAGCCAGGCUUCCUGGCCUCUUUAGUCGCCGUUAUGGGUGAGUUCGAUAUCUCAGGCGAUUUGGAGAGUAAACGCGCUACUACGAAGAAUGUGAAACGCGUUAUUGUGCAUCGUCAGUAUGAUCCUGCGACAUUUGAAAACGAUUUGGCGCUGCUGGAACUCGACAGUCCGGUGCAGUUCGAUACGCAUAUAGUGCCAAUUUGUAUGCCCAACGACCAUGCGGACUUUACCGGUCGCAUGGCGACGGUCACCGGCUGGGGGCGUCUGAAGUAUGGCGGCGGUGUGCCAUCAGUGUUGCAGGAAGUUCAGGUGCCAAUUAUUGAGAACAGCGUGUGCCAGGAGAUGUUCCACACAGCGGGUCAUAACAAAAAAAUUCUGGGUUCUUUCCUGUGUGCCGGCUAUGCCAAUGGCCAAAAGGACUCAUGUGAGGGUGACAGCGGUGGUCCACUGGUGCUGCAACGUCCCGACGGUCGUUACGAGUUGGCCGGCACUGUGUCGCAUGGCAUCAAAUGUGCGGCGCCUUACCUGCCUGGCGUAUAUAUGCGCACGACAUUCUACAAGCCUUGGCUGCGAAGCAUAACGGGAGUCAAAUAGAAUUGAAUGCGUCGAAGAGCAAUAGUCGAACAACAAUAACAACACAAGUACAUAGCGCAA